AUGUCUACCGGCCAGUGCAUCCAGGUCGACAUCCCGGAGCUCCGCGACCACGAGCUGCUCGCGCCCACCCCCGAGGGCCUCCUUGUCUUGAUCCACGGCCGCAAGCACAUCCGUCUGCUCAACCCACUCACCCGCCACCUCACCGAGCUCCCACCGAUCACCACGCUGGUGGCCCGAAGGGACCACCACCGCCUUCUGGAGCAAAAUCCCCAUUUCAUGACCUGCUUCGCAGCGUGGGGCUCCGGCGUUGCAGAUGUUUCUACUACGUUCUUGCUCUGCUUCAGCAGGCUAUGCAUGCUUGGCAUGGCCAAGCCCGGGGACGACCAAUGGACAUCGCUACAAUACGAUAGCGAUGGCAUAACAAGUGCACCCCUAAUGUUUGCAGGCCUCUUCUACUGCGUUACACACAAUGGUGUCUUGGUGCUAGACACCGAUCCAGAUAUGCCACGGCUGAAGGUGGCUGCCAAGCUGAAGGGUAUGCAUGUCUCGCCAAUUGCUGACACUGUGCAUCUUGUUAACAACCAUGGGGAGCUACUGCUGGUGCAUCGUCACAGGGAACCAUUGACACCGAGGAACAAAGUGGAUCGGUGGUACAACACGUAUCGAGUGGAUUUGGACACCGGGACACUACUCCCUCUCAAGAGCUUGGGCGGCGCAGCGCGUGCAAUUUUCAUGGGCAUGGAUUGCUCUCUCUCGGUGCCUCUAGAUGUUUUCCCCUCCGGCUCCAUUAGUGCUGACACCAUCUACUUGAGCUUCGACUUCUCCGAGAGAAAACUGUUAAAGGUUGGAGCAUAUCAUCUGUAA